AAUGCCACGUCAGCUGAUACGCGAGGCAGAGCCCUACAAAGCUCACGUGACAGUCUGAAGACCAGCACAUCAAUAUGGCUGCAGCACCAAAACCCGUCUACUGGCUGGGGAACGACACCCUGAGGGUGUCCGCUGCUCUGUUCGCAGAGAACCGCCGCCGACUGUGCGAAGGGCUGAAAGGCAAAGACGGAGUGGUGCCGCAGUCACUGGUUCUGCUGCAGGGAGGGGAGCAGAAGCAGAGGCACUGCACGGACACGGACCUCCUUUUCAGACAGGAGUCUUUCUUCCACUGGGCUUUCGGAAUAACCGAGGCCGGCUGCUACGGAGCCAUUGAUGUGGACUCUGGGAAAUCCGUCCUUUUUGUUCCCAAACUGCCUGAAAGCUAUGCCACUUGGAUGGGAGAGAUCUUUCCGAAAGAGCACUUCAAGGAGAAGUAUGCCGUGGAUGAGGUGCACUACGCCUGUGAUAUUGCUGAUGUCCUGUCCAACCUGAGGCCAGCACUGCUCCUGACACUGCGCGGUCAGAACACAGACAGUGGGAGCAUCUGCCGCGAAGCCUCCUUUGAAGGGAUUAGUCGUUUCCAAGUGAACAACACUCUUUUACACCCAGUCAUUGUGGAAUGCCGUCUGGUGAAGACGGAUAUGGAGCUGGAGGUCCUGCGCUACACCAACAGGAUCUCCAGUGACGCCCAUAAAUUGAUCAUGAAGAGUGUGAAACCUGGACACAAAGAAUAUGAGAUGGAGAGCCUCUUCCAGCACUACUGCUACACUAAGGGAGGGAUGCGUCACACCUCAUACACCUGUAUCUGUGGAACGGGCAAGAAUUCCUCCAUUCUCCACUACGGUCAUGCCGGUGCUCCGAAUGAAAAGACAAUUGUGGGCGGUGACAUGUGUCUGUUCGACAUGGGUGGAGAGUACUACUGCUACUCCUCAGACAUCACAUGCUCCUUCCCAGCCAACGGCAAGUUCACUCCAGACCAGAGGGCCAUCUACGAGGCUGUCCUCAAAGCCUCCCGAACUGUCAUGGCUGCCAUCAAACCAGGUGUGAAGUGGACCGACAUGCACCGCAUGGCCGACCGGAUCCACCUGGAGGAGCUCGUGAAGAUCGGCAUCCUGAUUGGCAGCGUGGAGGACAUGUUGAAGGUUCACCUGGGUUCCGUCUUCAUGCCCCACGGCCUGGGACACCUGCUGGGCAUCGAUGUCCACGACGUGGGAGGAUACCCUGAGGGGGUCGAGCGUGUUGACGAGCCUGGACUGAGGAGUCUUCGGAUGGGCCGUCUGGUGCAGGAGAGGAUGGUCCUCACCGUGGAGCCCGGCAUAUACUUCAUCAACCACCUGCUGGACCAGGCCCUGGCCAACCCCACCCAGAGCUGCUUCCUCAACAACCAAGUGCUGGCUCGCUUUAGAGGCUUUGGCGGGGUUCGCAUUGAAGACGACAUUGCCGUGACAGCUGAUGGUAUCGAGCUGCUGACCUGCGUCCCUCGCACCGUGGAGGAGAUCGAGGCUUUCAUGGCCGACUCUGGAAAACCCUUCAGCCCCGUCGUCACCAGUGAGAAUCUCUGAAGGACGUCUCAGUAUAAAGAGCUGCACACUGCGAUGGCAUUAAUUGCUACAUCCAUCCAUCCAUUUUCCACCGCUUAUCCGGGGUCGGGUCGCGGCCGCGUAAUUGCUACAGAUAUACAAUAAUAUUCUUCAGUGAAACUUAAGUUUUUGCUCACUCUUAUUUCUCACUUUUAUAUAACACUUUUAUAUAACGCAUGUAUGACACACAAUCAAAAUGUGUGGUAAUCGUGGCUCUUGGAAGAAUGACUUUCAUUUUGAAGUCGUUCCUCUUUGUAAACAUUUAUUCACAAAAAUUCAUAUCAAUAAACAUUUUAAUGGUCAACUGUU